GGCGAGGAAACUUGUGCAUGAGCCAAAGUUACAAUUGCAUUCAAAUGACCUUACAGCAUAAAGAACUGUUCGUGUUGGGGAAACGCAAAUAGAAGCGACGCUUGAAGCGAGCCCGCUAGCCAAAUGGUGAAGUUCUGGGGGAGGAGAGAAGACUCGGGAAAGGAUGAAUGCCAUGCAGACGAUCAAGAGCAGAGAGAGCUGAAAACCAGACUUCUCAAAGCCAACUCUAGCAAAGAGAAAGAGUUGUGUUUCUGCCAGCCAGACCCAGUCUCCAGUGCUGGUACCCCUGAUGGCAGUUUGUACAACCCUCUGAAACCUGCCAAGCUGGACACCACAGCUUUGCACGACUGCACUUUGGCCACCACUGUGCCUCCUUCGGAGUUGUCGAACCAUGCAGUUCUAGCCUGUGACACAGGCAUUCAUGAAGAACAUUAUGUAAGUGAAGCAGUGGAAGAUGAUGUGCGAGACUGCAGAGAGUACAGAGAUGCCUGCACCAUUACCGAUGUGUGCAAUAGUACCGAUCUUCCUGAAGUUGAAAUCAUCAGUCUGCUGGAAGAACAGCUGCCUCAUUACAAGCUAAGAGCUGAUACAAUCUAUGGUUAUGACCACGACGACUGGCUUCAUACGCCUCUCAUUUCUCCUGAUGCCAAUAUUGACUUAACAACUGAGCAAAUAGAAGAGACCUUGAAAUACUUCCUUUUAUGUGCUGAAAGAGUGGGCCAGAUGACUAAAACAUACAAUGACAUAGAUGCCGUUACACGUCUUCUUGAAGAGAAAGAACGGGACUUAGAAUUAGCUGCUCGGAUUGGCCAGUCACUGUUAAAGAAGAAUAAGUCACUGACGGAAAGAAAUGAGUUCCUUGAGGAGCAAGUAGAACACAUCAGGGAAGAGGUUUCUCAGUUGCGCCAUGAGCUCUCCAUGAAAGAUGAGUUGCUCCAGUUUUAUACCAGUGCUGCUGAGGAAAGUGAGCCGGAGUCCAUCUGUUCCACACCGCUGAAGAGGAAUGAAUCUUCCUCCUCCGUCCAGAACUACUUUCACUUGGAUUCUCUUCAAAAGAAACUCAAGGACCUUGAAGAGGAGAAUGUUGUGCUUAGAUCAGAGGCUUGUCAGCUGAAGACUGAAACAAUUACUUAUGAAGAAAAGGAACAACAGCUUGUCAAUGACUGUGUAAAAGAGCUGAGGGAUGCAAACAUCCAGAUUGCCAAUAUCUCAGAAGAAUUAGCAAAGAAAACUGAAGAUGCCACCCGGCAACAGGAAGAAAUUACUCAUCUUCUCUCUCAGAUAGUUGAUCUCCAGAAAAAGGCAAAAGCUUGUGCAGUUGAAAAUGAAGAACUUGUCCAGCAUUUGGGAGCAGCUAAAGAUGCCCAGCGACAGCUCACAGCAGAAUUGCGGGAGCUGGAAGACAAGUAUGCAGAGUGCAUGGAAAUGCUUCAUGAGGCUCAAGAAGAGCUGAAAAACCUUAGGAACAAGACUAUGCCAAAUGCCAUAUCACGUCGGUACCACUCUCUUGGUCUCUUCCCUAUGGAUUCUCUGGCAGCAGAGAUAGAAGGGUCAAUGAGGAAGGAACUUCAUUUAGAUGAACCUGACUCUCCUGACUUGGCUCAUCAGAAACGGGUCUUCGAGACGGUGAGAAAUGUAAACCAAGUUGUCAAGCAGAGAUCCAUGACUCCAUCACCAAUGAAUAUUCCAGGCUCUAACCAGUCCUCUGCUAUGAACUCGGUAAUAUCUAGCUGUAUCAGCACUCCACGUUCUAGCUUCUAUGGGGGAGACAUCUCUAACAUUAUGAUAGACAACAAGACCAAUAGCAUCAUCCUAGAGACAGAAUCUGCUGACAAUGGAAAUGAAGAUAGAAUGAAGAAGCCUGGAACUCCAGGGACACCUGGUUCCAGUGACCUAGAGACUGCUCUUCGUAGGCUGUCCCUUAGGCGUGAGAACUACCUUUCGGAGAGAAAGUUCUUUGAAGAAGAGCAGGAAAGGAAGUUGCGGGAACUAGCGGAAAAGGGUGAACUCCAUAGUGGUUCCGUUACUCCUACAGAGAGCAUCAUGUCACUGGGAACUCACUCCAGAUUUUCAGAAUUCACUGGAUAUUCAGGAAUGUCUAUCAGCAGUCGAUCCUACCUGCCAGAGAAGCUUCAGAUUGUGAAACCCCUAGAAGGUUCUGCCACUUUGCACCACUGGCAGCAGCUGGCUCAGCCUCACCUGGGUGGGAUCCUGGACCCGAGGCCUGGGGUUGUCACUAAGGGCUUCAGGACCCUGGACCUCGACCUGGAUGAAGUGUACUGCCUUAAUGACUAUGAGGAAGAUGAAACAGGUGAAAUUUCUUACAAGGGCCUAACUACCUCGACGCCAGUUCAGCACACAGAGACCUCAGGUGAGAGGUCACAAGCACAAGUGACUGUUUCAGACAGCAAGAAUAACCGCAGCCAAUCUCAGGCUUUCACAGAGGAGAUGCAGGAGUCCGCGACUGACGAUGAUGAGGGGUCUGUACCUCAUCCUGGGAAGUGCAUGUCACAAACCAACUCCACCUUCACCUUCACCACCUGCCGCAUUCUGCACCCUUCCGAUGAGCUCACACGAGUUACUCCAAGCCUUAACGCAGCACCUACUCCAGCUUGUGGCAGCAUUAGCAAUUUGAAGGGCACCCCAGUGGCUACUCCCUGUACUCCUCGGCGUCUGAGUUUGGCUGAAUCCUUCACUAACCUCCGGGAAUCCACAACGACGAUGAGCACGUCUCUGGGGCUAGUGUGGCUGCUGAAGGAAAGAGGCAUCUCGGCAGCAGUGUACAAUCCACAGAGCUGGGACAGAGGCAGCAAAAGCACCCUCCUGAACGCAUACUCCCCUAAAAUGGCGAUCAUUCCUUCCACUCCACCAAACUCACCUAUGCAGACACCGUCAUCUUCUCCUCCAUCUUUUGAAUUCAAGUGCACCAGCCCACCUUACGACAACUUCUUGGCUUCGAAGCCUGCGAGCUCAAUCUUGAAGGAGGUGAGGAAUAAAAAGAACAUCAGAAACAGUGAGAGUCAGACUGAUGUGUCAGUUUCCAACCUUAAUCUCGUGGACAAAGUCAAGAGGUUUGGCAUCACCAAAGUCGUGAGUUCAGGGCAAACGCCAGCUCCUCCUCUAACUGAUGACCAGGGACCUCUUCUCUGUGGAGCACAAGGACCAGUGAGGGCCCUUGUUCCUGGAGGCCUGGCACCAGAUGGUCUCCCAUUGGGCUGCCCUGCUGUGACAAGUGCCAUUGGAGGCAUCCAGUUGAACACGGGUAUCCGAAGGAACCGGAGCUUCCCCACCAUGGUGGGUUCCAGCAUGCAGAUGAAAGGCCCAACAUCUCUCACUUCGGGAAUCCUCAUGGGAACCAAGCUCCCGAAGCAAGCUAGCUUACGAUGAAGGACUUUAUUUUUACAGCUAGUCUUUUUAAAUAAAAAUACCAAGAUUCUUUCUCUGAUCCUCUUUCCUCUUUCCCCUUUCCCCCUGCCCCUAACCCCUCAUUGCCUCUUGAGUUUGACAAAUCAACUUUGUGCCUAAUGGGAGAAAUGUGUAAAGUUUGUACAAAAUGUGUAAAUAUAUACCAGAUCUAUUGUAACUAAUUGGAUUAUUUUACUGUUCAGUUGAGUGCAAAAGGCUCUACAUUGUGAUUGCUGUAUUAAGGUUGUUAACUUGCUAACCUUUUCAAAAGGUUUUUUUUUAAGAUGCACUGAAAAACAAAAAUGACAAAAAAUAACUUGACUAGAAAAAGUGAAUUCUGUAGCUAGCCUAACUUGACAGGUGAAGGCGCAUGGAAAGGGUAUCAGAUGUGUUACGUGAGACCUCAGAUUACAUCACAUGAAGCACGGGAGCAUUUGUGCUUUCGAACAUGCUGAAGAAAGCACUCGGUUUAGCAUUUGGUCGCUUUAACUUUGCCUUUGUAGAUGAGUUGAGCUGAGUUGUUGGCAUGCCUGGAUGGAAGACAUUUCUUUUUCUGUUCCGUAUUCCCUUCCUCCCCCUAGUAUGAAAAACUUGAACCGAUACCACGUUAAAGUCAGCAGGCCUGCUGAGUACCUGGAACGCUGACGUAUUUCUACCGCUGCUGUUUUGUUUGGCACAUCUAUAUUCCGUGUGACUUGUUCUGUUUUUUCAAUGCUGCACUGGAUUGUGGAGGGAAAAAUGCUUUACCAUGUGUUGCUGCCACUGAAAUGCAUUUUGCCAGUGCCCCUAAAGAAAACGGUUUUCACAACUGAUGAGGUAAACGUGGCAGCUGACUUCCUAGAAGCCAGUGUUGCAGCACACAUGGACAGAUAAGAACGUCAUGAAAGAACAUGUAGCAAAAACAGUGUUAGGAAAAGGUGUCCUUGAAACCUCAGCAGAGCUGCCGCAAAAAUAUUUAGUAACAGAAUGGUACAAGCUGGAAAAGCAUCUGGUGACCAUAUUGGUCUACAGGUUUUAUGCACAUCAAGGACUGCUUGUUAAGUAGCCUUGUAAAACAAGGUGAGAAUACUUCUACCCUUUUCCUGUUUUUUUCUUUUCUUUUUUUUUUUUUUAAUUACUGUUUUUCUUUAAAGAAACAUUUUCCAUCCAAAGUUUGACCUUAGCGGAGGUAAAAGUGUGUAAAUUUUUUUUUUUUUUUUUUUUUUUUUUUUUUUUAACUCCUACAGUGUUAGGGGGAAAAAAAAGGAAACAACCCCCCCGGCCCCAAGCCAAACAUAACCCCUGCCUUUUUCAGGAAGGAAACAAAAGACCUCACACAACAUUUGGUCACAGCCAGGAGAUCUUAAGUUACAUUGAAAUUUUCUUCUCUGCUUCUCCCAGACUUCUGCUAGGUGCUUGUAAAAAGAAUUUAAAUACUCGAACUGAGACGGACAAGAUGGAGCUUAUUUCUAGAGUGCAGCUGAGGCUGAGAACCUUGAUGGUUUUGGAGGAGAGGAGAGGGGAGCAAGCAGCGCGGAGGGUCAACAUCUGCUUUCUUGUCCUUGCAGUUCUUGCGACAUUUAAAUCAAGCUCCCAGUUUGUUGUUACUGUUACUACACUACAUGUAAUUGCCGUGAAUUGCCAUUUGUACCAGACUGUUACUAAAUCAUUAGCACUGAUAAUUUCUUGUAUAAAUGAAACUGUCUUUUAGUCUUUGUGACGAGAGAUGGGUGUUUUCUUUUGAAUGAAGUAGUUAUUACAUUUAGUGCUAUGGACACUGAAAAUAUUUUUGAGAAAGAAAAAACACAUCGGUCAAUUACUGCAUGUGUUUGAAGACUUCUAUUUAUUCUAUUGAACUUAAAGUGUUUUAGUAAACUGUCAUCAGCUCUCUUGCUGUCGUAUGUGUGCACUUAUUGCAAGUAAAUUUAAGUAUCUUUUUAUUUGAAUGUAUCUUAAAACAGUAGAUAGAGUAACAGUUGAUUCUGAAAAAUCAUGGACUUCAUGGACCAUUUUAUAUACCCAGAGGAAGAAAGCAAUACCACAUGGGAACUUAAAAUCUAGAAGUUAAUCAUGCAAUUGGGAAGUAUUAUUUAGCCUUUAAAUAAGCAGUAGGAGUUGUCCACCCACCAGAGAAAGCAAUUGUAACGCAUCAGAAAGAUGGAACUUAAAUUUUCUUCACUAGUAUCAAUAAAAUAACAGAAAAGUUA